CCUAGCUUUGCUUAAAUAUGAGACUCCAGUACUAUAUUGGAGCCAUUUUUUAAGUGUUCGAAACAUAAGACGGUAAACCAUAUAUUAUUACACAAGAGGAGAAAAAAUUUCCUCAUGAUUUAAGACGUUCCGGGCACAUACUUGAAAGGUUGACGGCGACUUUUCUAUCUUUUCUCUAUUCUCCCCCCUUCCUUUCUUCUCCAUUUGAUUCCUUUUUUCUAAUUCAUUCCACCUCCCUCCCUCUCUCCAUAUAUUGCAACUGUGCAUGACGAGACUAAGCUUUGCAGCCCCCCUUCAUAAAGUUCUAAAAGCAACGCGUCCUUUCCAACACUCACUCACCAAAACCCUAAUUUUCUCUUCUCUCUCCCCUCCUCCUUCUAAUUCAUGCUCAAUUCUCACGGACGAUUCCAAUCCACCACUCCACGGCGGAUCGUCCUGAUCGAUUCUCAUGGACGACAACAACGAAAAACGCGAUCCACUAACCACGACCGAGUUCACGACUCAGUCCACCUGGCCUCCGGGCUCCGACAGCGUCUACUUCUUCAGUACCACCCACGACAGAGACAGCAACAUACUCAGCAACUUCGGCUGGAACUUCAACCCGGACGCCUCCAAACCCGAUGAAGUCUUCCCCUGCCUCGACCCCAUCGCCGCCGCCGACGACAUGUCCGAUUUGGCGGGAAAUACUAGCAGUAGUCCUCUUGUUUUGGAGAACAGCAGCAGCAGUAGCAGCCCCGCCUUUCGGAGCUCCGACCUGGCCCCGGUUCUCGGAUCCGCUUCGACCAAUCAGUCCGCGUCUACGAGCUCCAGCGAGGAUCCUCCCGAGAGGUCUGCAGGCUCCGGCGGCAAACCACCGCCCGAAAUACAGAGUAAGGUUAAAAAGAAGGGGCCGAAGAGAAUCCGGCAGCAACGAUUCGCAUUCGUGACAAAGAGUGAAGUUGAUCAUCUGGAGGAUGGCUACCGUUGGCGGAAAUAUGGUCAGAAGGCUGUUAAAAAUAGUCCAUUUCCAAGGAGCUAUUAUCGCUGCACAAAUACCAAAUGCACUGUGAAGAAACGAGUUGAGCGUUCCUCUGAAGAUCCCACAACUGUAAUUACCACAUAUGAAGGCCAACACUGUCAUCAUACCGUUGCAUUCCCUCGUGGGGGAGUCAUUGGUCAUGAAUCUAGCUUUGCAGGCCACCAGUUGGCUCAGCUGUCUCCAGCCUCACAGUUUAUGUAUUAUCCAACAAUUCGACCCAGAGAAAUAACUAGUCCUAUUAAUUUGACCCCAACGGCGUCGCACCAAGCAGUAGUCCCGCGUCAUGACGAUGAUCAAGCUGCAGGAGGAUCAUCCCACUUCAUUGAUCCUCAGCCAACCCCACCUCUUCCUACCGAUGAAGGGCUUCUUGGAGACAUUGUACCUCUUGGAAUGCGAAAUCGAUGACGACUGGAGUAAAAGGGUAAUAAUACACCAAUAUUUCACUUGAAUUAUUUAACUAUUUAAUGUAUAUAAUGAAGAUGGUACUUUCUAGUUAUAGGAUAAUGUUAUUCACACACUCAUUUUUACCUCACACACACCCUUAUUAAUCUUUUGUCAUUGAUCUGCUUCAAUUCAUUCAAUUCACUAGCCGGAAAUUGAGAGUGGUGUGUAAGAAGUAAAAAUAGAUAUGUGAAUAGUACUAUCCAAUUUAUAAUGCCUAGGAGAAUAACUUUCAUAAUAUAAGACGUUAUAAUGGUAGUGUACUCGUGGAGGUUGCUCUCUUAUUAUAAAGGUUCAUAACCUGACGUUUGUACUUACUUCUUAACAAUCAUCUAGCUAGCUUAUUAGGUUGAACACACGCAGAUAUAUAUUAAUCACCAGAAUGUAGGCAAUAGUACUGUUGGUUUGAAAACCCUAGAAGUUGAAAGGAUGGUGAAGACUAAGAAUUAUAGCAACUUAAUUAUAUAAUAAUUUCGAUUUCUGGAGAAGUUACUUUAGGCGCAUGAUUGGAAGAAUGUAGCUUUUUAAUUCCGAAAUCUUCUGAAAUCUGUGGAAUUAAUUAAAGUAGAGGUGUUUUCCUUUUUAAUUAAAAAACACAAGCGUGAAGUAUAAUUGAGUGGUUCUUAUUCUAUAUGACUAGUAUAUACAUAUAAUUUUGUGUAUCUAAUUGUUUCCUUGUGGCUUUUUAUGCACCACUAUCAACAUCAUGUACUUCUCAUUGGCUACGAACUUAUCUGCUACGCUUGGGAUCUUUUGCUAGGUUGCUAGGUUGUUGACUAUAUUUUAUCUUUUGAUUAUUGCAUGCCAACUUUAAUUUCUCUUUCAGCCAAAGCAAGUUAAAGGAAGCUCUAAGACGUGAUAAUUCAUUUUACUUUUUUUUCCUUGUGGGGAUUUGGAUUGAUUUCAUCAUCUGCAUAUUUGCAAUCCAUAUCUGCUCAUGCGAAAGUUAUAACUGUUAUUCUUGGAAACCUCUGACGUUAUUACGAUCUCUGACAGCAAAAAUUCAUUUCUCAAAACAUUUUUUUAGAAAAAAAUAUUAAAGUGGAUGUCAAAUCAUCAAGCAUGUGAGUUGAAAAAUUAACGAGACGUUUUUUACAUUAAUUUUGUUUUCAAGUUCAGUUUUCAAAACUUGACUUGAUUUUGUGUGUUUAGUUAUGUUUUCAAUUUUUUUAAACGAAAAACUUGUUUAGUAAUUAUUUUUCAAUUCAGAAAAUUGAGGGAGGGGGAGCAGUGGGAAUCGAACCAGCACUAGGGUGCGCACAUGAUUGUUUUCCGCCACUAUGGUAAAGUCGCCAUCUACAUAAAAAGCUACUUCUUUCAGCUUUCAAAACUUAGCUUCAUUUUGGUUUUUAGUUUUCAAUUGGUUUAAAAACUAAAAAGAGUUUUCAAUUGAUCUAAAAACUAAAAAGAGUUAAUUACCAAACGGUUUCCAGUAUUUUGUUUUCACAAAAAUAUAAAAGUUAAAAACUGAAAUGAUUAUCAAAUAGUACAAGAGGUGGUAUGCAAUCUAAGAUUAAUUUAUGCAUUCAUGAUAUAUGCCUCAAGUAAAAAUAAGGGGUAGAAACUGUGUAUUUAUAUAUUUUAUAUAGAUCAAAAUAUGCGUCAACUGAGAAUUUGGGAUUGAUCAAAAUAUUUUAGAAAGGAAAAGGGGAAAAAGCUUACAAAAGAAGAACGGCGUAUAAUUCUCAUUCAUAAUGGCUGCAGUACAAACACGCAAAAGCCUGUAUUGUCCAUGAGAUAUGCAAAUUGUAUUUUCGUUGAUUCUAAUCAUGGUUUAAUUAGUAGAUAGUACCUACUUAAUUAACGCAAAUCUUUGUUGUGUAGGUGGGAUAUAUAUGUAGCAUUAAUAUUGUUAAAGCUUGGUUAACGUAUCUGCAGGCCACGCAUGCAUGCGGAUAUAUUGCAGGCUUGACUAGCAGGUGCACGUAGUAUCUUCAGCUUCUUAACUAGUAUAUAUUAAGCUCUGUAUGUAAUUAACAGAAUGUACCUCUUGACUUAGACUUUUUCCUUUUGUACAUCUAAUUGAACAUCCUAAGGAAAUUCAUUCACAACGUUAAUUGCGAUA